CACCACCCACCCACCCACACAGCACACACACCUCACCCCCAUACACCAUGACCACGGUAUUCCUUGGUCCGAUCGAUCAUGACAUGGUGAGCACCCUCUCGCCGUCAUCCGCUUCCAAGUCGCUUGUCACACUCUCGAGUGCCACUCUCUCUAUUCUCUCCAAUGCAUGUGCUCAGCAGCUGAUCUGGGCUCUUGAUGCUGCUCCCUCCUUUGACCAGCUCGUUGACGUUGUUCGCAUCCUUGCUCCUGGUGCUGUCUUCCGCUUCAUCGGCAGUGAUGCUGAUGCUGCUGCAGCUCUGCCAACGACAUGCAUCAUGGCAGGCCUUGUUGAGCCGGCAGUUGCCAACUCGAUUGUUGUCGCUGCAAAGCCGGCGUGGGAAGUCGGGACGGCAAACUCGCUCAAUCUGCGCAAGCCCAUCAACAACGCCGCCCCUGCUGCCGGUGCUACCUGGUCGCUUGGCGCGUCGGACCUGGUGGACGACGACGUUGCAGAGCUCAUUGACGAGGACGAUUUGUUGGACGACGAUGAUGCGGCGGCUGCGGUGACUGCGCCCAACGACGACUGUGAGGUCGGCGCCGGCGGCGUGCGCAAGGCGUGCAAGGACUGCACCUGCGGCCGCGCCGAGGGCCAGAUGGAGGUCACUCCCGAGAUGGCGGAGAACCCGGUCUCCUCGUGCGGCUCGUGCUACCUCGGCGAUGCCUUCCGCUGCGGCACGUGCCCGUACCGCGGCCUCCCGCCGUUCAAGCCUGGCGAGAAGAUUGAUCUCAACGCGCUCGGCAUGGACGCCGUCGACCUGUAG